AAUUUUGCGGCAAAUUUCGUUUCGCAUUAUCCAAAGCUCAUCAUUCCUUAUUUUCUAAACCUUCUAAUAUGGCAGGAAAAGCAUUAAACAUUGGCGAUCAAUUUCCCAACUUUACGGCCGAAACGAAUGUGGGAAAAAUAGACUUUUACGACUGGAUGGGCGAUAGCUGGGCUAUUCUCUUCUCCCACCCGGCGGAUUAUACGCCUGUAUGCACAACGGAAUUAUCACGGGUUGCGGCUUUAGUUCCAGAAUUCCUAAAACGUGGAGUCAAGCCAAUUGCCUUGUCCUGUGACACCGUGGAAUCGCACAAGGGUUGGAUCGAGGACAUCAAGAGUUUUGGCAAGCUGGAGAGCUUCGAUUAUCCCAUUAUCGCGGAUGACAAGCGGGAGCUGGCCCUUAAGUUUAACAUGUUGGACAAGGACGAGAUUAAUGCCGAAGGCAUUCCUUUAACCUGUCGCGCUGUUUUCGUUGUGGAUGACAAAAAGAAGCUACGCUUAUCCAUCCUAUAUCCAGCCACCACAGGACGCAACUUCGAUGAAAUUCUUCGAGUGAUCGACUCUUUGCAUUUAACCCAAACCAAGAGCGUGGCCACGCCUGCUGAUUGGCAAAAGGGCGGCAAGUGCAUGGUUUUGCCAACUGUUAAAGCCGAAGAUGUUCCCAAGCUCUUUCCUAAUGGCAUAGAAACAAUCCAAGUUCCCUCCGGAAAGAGUUACCUCCGCAUAACUCCUCAGCCCUAAAGAUAAACCCAGCAUUCGUUCAAGUAUGACUUUAUUACAAAAUUAUAAUUAAUAACAAAUUAAUGCACAAUAAAGUAUACGCUUACAACCGUAUUUUAGCAGGCCGGCGCUUUUAGGAAGCUAAAACUCGCCUCCUGCUAGACAAAAGUGCCAAAAA